UAUAGGAAAAGUAAAGGUUACGUUAUGAAGACGUUUAUUUGUACGUUAAUAUGGCUAGCAGUUAUUUGUAAAUAUGAAGAUUUUGUAAAUGCAUUGAUCAACUGUGAAGAAAGGUCUGAGACAUUUUACUCUAAAUUUGAGAAGGAAAGGUAUCCUGGAGUUUCUGGAAUCCAUUUAUAUUGUGUUAACACAAAUUUUCAUAAUAUUUUUCAAAACAUAUUAGAAGAUGACGAUUAUAAUAGUGAAGAUUUUGAUAUUGAAGAUUAUGAUAAUGAAAUUGAUACUAAUAAUAUACGCAUCCUAUCAAUAUAUAACUCAUCGUUGGGAGUGCUUAAAGGCUCACCACAAUCUAAUCAACUAGGAAGAUUGAAAUAUGUACGAAAGCUGGAUAUUUCACACAAUAAUAUUACCAAAAUCUUACCUGGUUUUUUUGCAGCAUUUUCAAAAUUAUUAGAAUUAAAUUUAUCUGACAACAAUAACUCCAAUUUAAUAGAAGGAGUGUUUUCAAAUCUCCAUCAACUUCAAAUAUUAAAUAUGUCAAACAAUAAUAUUGAACAACUCGAUGAUCAUGUAUUCUUAGGAUUAACUAGAUUAUACAUGUUAGAUUUAAGUAAUAAUACUUUAAAAUAUAUCUCUUCUGUUACAUUUGCGAGUAAUACAAGAUUAGAAAUAUUAAUUUUAAAUAAUAAUUAUUUUAUGAAAAUCGAUGCUUUUCCACUAUCUAUAAAAUCGUUAUGUGUUACAAAUAAUAAUAUAAGUGAAUUUAGAAGUUAUAACAAUUUUGAAAACCUAGACCUAAGUUUCAAUAGAAUUGAAAGUGUUGAAAUUGACAAAAAUAUAGUAAAUCUUAAUUUAAGUUAUAACAAUAUAAUAGAUACAAACAUAAUUGGAAAUGUUCGUUUCUUAAACGCCAGUCAUAACAAUUUGACAUCUGUGAGAGGUCUAAAUAGCAGGAAUAUUGAACGAUUAGAUUUAAGCUUCAACAACAUUUCAGACAUGGACCCAAAUUCAUUUUCCAACAGUACUGAGUUAAGAUAUAUCAAUAUUCAGCAUAACUAUCUCACGGAUAUGCCUUCAAACAUAUUUUUAUACCUUACUAGUUUAGAAUAUCUCGAUAUAUCUUAUAAUUUAUUUUCAAAAUAUCAACACGGCUUAAAUAAUAAUUGGGCAAACAUAUUUUCCUCAAAAUACUUAAAAAGUGUCUCACUAGCACACAAUUUUUGGAUUUGUGCAGAUUUGAAAGAAAUAUUAACUGUUUUACACAUUCGAGGUGUAGAGAUAAUAAAUGUAGACAAAAAAUAUGAGAGAAGUAAUAUUUUAGGAAUCGAGUGCCUUGAUAUAGAUCAGAACCAAUCUGUGAAAACAUUUAAUUUGUCUGUAUUGGAUUGGCAAUUUGAAAGUGAAAUUUCGGAAAAAAUGGACAAAGUGCAAAAUUUAUCCGUAUCUUUUAACCAACGAAUAGCAGAAGUAGAGAAUAAAAUCAGUGAUGUCAAUAGCACAAACGAACAUUUACAAAAUGAACUUUUAGCAAAGAUGAACUUAAGUCAACUAAAUGAUUUAAAGGAAGAUAUUCGAAAUAUUACUGAUAAGAUAAAACAUUUUUACAAUUAUUCAAAUAUUGAUAAUAAUAAGGUCUUAUCAGAUAAAAUUUUGUUGGAUUGUUUAAAAAAUCGACCGAAAAAUAUUAGUCAUUGUUUUUAUAAAUUAAUUGAAAACGAAUUGAUGGUACUGAUGGAGAUGUCCGAUACAAAAUACGAGAAAAAAAUCGAACAAAUGUCGAAAGAUAUAAAAGCACUUUAUGAUAAAUACGAUUCUACCCGAACCAUAUCAUAUGUACCACUCACAGAUCAGAGCACGGGCUUUGGUACAUUUUUUCAAGUACUCACUCUCAUAUUACUAAUAAUAAUUUUUUUGGCUCUAGUGUAUAUCAGUUAUCACAUGAAAAAAACAAGAACUGACUCGAUAAGAAAGGAACAUAUUGCAUUACUGUAAAAGUAUUAUUACACAACUUGUCUAAUAUAAACGUAACACGCUGUAUAUUUUCAAGCAUUA